AUGGGUGCGGUAGAAAGCCGACUCCUUCGAAAACACAAGACUGUAUCAGCUGCUCCCAAACACUGCUUUCAUUCCCUCACCCCGUUCAAUCAUUCACCGUCUCUGGCCAGCCCCGCCCACACUGAUCUCACUGCCAUAAUCCCAGCUCAGGCUAGUCUCACUGAUAACCAUCUGCUCACAGUGACUGAACCAGAGACACAUCUCUCCUCCCUCUCCGGAGGCAACGUCUUGUCUACAUACGGAAUCCACAGCGAAAACGACGAUAUUCGCCUCAAGGACACCAUCCCGACCGGUGGGCAUCAACUACUCUGCUAUCAACCUCAGCACACGGACUGGUUUUCAAAGGAGUCUGAGACCUUGCGAGAAAACCUGCAUAAUUUGGGCCUCCUUGGCGAUGCUACUGAUUCCUAUAGCGAGGGUACUAAGGCCCUGAAUGGAGGCGAAAUUGAUAAGGACAACAUGGAAAACAGCGGAGUGGGGGCUGUGAGGGAGGAAGAGGAGGAUGAAGAAGAACUCUCUUCUAUUUCUUCCCUUCUUAACCUCGAGGCCGCCAUAAACACAGGCCAGGCGGCUACGGCUACGGGAGAUCUGAAGCCUCAACACAGCAGCGGCCUCGGUUUCCGCACCCUACCUGGCGGUGACGUCGUUUUCACCGCCUAUCUGUCUGUUCCCGGCCAAAAUGAGUUCACAUGGAGCCGGCUGCGUCAGCGCUCCGAACGCAACAUGAAGGGCCUGCGACAGCAGUUCAACUGUGACAUCAAACUGUACGAUAAACUAGCCCGACACCGGGCUCUGCCGGUUCAUAAACUGCGCAUCCGUGGCACCAGCUAUCGAGAUGUGAUGCGCUGCAAGAAUGCCCUACCGAAUUACAUUGCCAAUUCACUGAUCACUUCGAAACAGCACUGUGACGACGUAAUGAGUUACGAAUUCCAUAAACGGUGA